AUGGAGAAAUCCCUAGUUUUUCAGGGUCGAGUAGAACACAAAAUAAUCACCUCGCUGUCUAUGUAUCACCAAUACACCAUGGACAUAACAUUGGGUUCACAACAAACUGUAUAUGAAAAGAAUAUCGUGGUUGACUUCGGUGAGCAAAUACUCAGUGUUACCAUUGAUCUACCUGGUGAAGAAGCAUAUCAUUUUCAACCUCGGUUAUUUGGGAAGAUAAUUCCUUCGAAAUGUAGAUAUGAAGUAAUGUCUACAAAAGUUGAAAUUCGUCUUGCAAAAGCUGAUGCUGUACACUGGACAUCCCUUGAGUUUAGGAUGGAUGUUCCAGUUGUACAAAGAACAAUUGUCUCAUCAGGUAUCCAAAGACCCACAUACCCUUCUUCGAAACCAAAGGGAGUAGAUUGGGAUAAAUUGGAGGCCCAAGUCAAAAAGGAGGAAAAAGAAGAGAAGCUCGAUGGUGAUGCAGCUUUGAACAAAUUUUUCCGUGACAUAUAUAAAGAUGCUGAUGAGGACACAAAAAGAGCCAUGAGCAAAUCUUUUGUGGAGUCACAUGGGACAGUGCUAUCAACGAAUUGGAAAGAUGUGGGUUCAAAGAAGGUAGUAGGAAGCCCUCCGGAUGGCAUGGAGCUCAAGAAGUGGGAAUACUGA